UAUAUGAAUCGUCACAAUUCUCUUGUCGCCAUAACCUCCGCGUGUCGGCGCGUCGGUCGUUUUUCUCUCUUCGUGUGUAUUGAUGUGUGCAGGACCGUAUGUAUUCUCGCCUGUUGUCUGUGAAUUAUCGCAUAUUCCAGGAGUUCGCGAGUGAGCGACCUCCGUCGUCGUUCCCGUCACUGUCUCUCGCCGUUAUCCGUCAAAAUCAAACAUGGCGUGCACGAGGUUAUUAUCGCCGCAUUAAAGUGAAAACAAUACGGUUUAUCGUGCACAGCGCGCGCAAGCUUCUAAAACAAAUUAUUCGACUAUUAUUAUUGCAUGCACAAUUGCGCGCGCGUGCGUGUGCGUGUGCGUGCGUGCGUGCGUGUGUGCAUUGGUAAGCGAUCGCGCGCGGAUCUAAUAGACUUGGCAUAAUCGCCAGUGUGUGCCAGUAAAUAAAUAAAGGAUUAAACAAUUAAAUGCAUUUAUUAUUGGAUCGACGGUGAAUGCGCGAAAGCAUGUACGUGCGCGUUUACGUGCACAUGUGCAUACGUCGCUAAUAAAGAGGGGCAUGAUGAGCGAGAGCGACGCGAAAUCGAAAAUCUUCUAGGGGAGGUGCGGCUGCGAGGAAGAAAAACCUCUCUUUUUCCCAUUUAUAUACGCAUGUGUACAUACGCGCGUGGUGGCUACAGCAGUAGUACACAACAGGCGAAGUGAGAAGAGGUGGUGGCGGCCAAGGAGGAGGAGAAAGUGUAGUGUUGCAUACAUUAGAGCCAGUGAUUAGAGCUUUGCGAAGCCCUGGGCGAUUCGCGGAGUUUUGACAGCCAAUGUAUUAUCGUCGUUCCCCGGAGGAUUUAUGAGAGUAUAUAGGUGCCGCGUAUGUACCUGGGAGAAAAUGAAGCUGCCGGUUCACCUUACCUGGGGACUCUUUUUAUCACCUGGGUGGAUGUUGAAUACGACAGUACCAAAAAGCAUCAUUAUGUGUUGAAAGUAAUAGCAGGAUUUAUCAAAAAAUUUUCAGCAAACGUUAAAGGGAUUGGAAAAAGAAUGAAUCCACCCUUGACUCAUAUUUUAAUUGUAACCAAAAGUUGAUCUCUUUUGUAGUUUUAAACAAAUGUUAUUUUAGAUUUAAUAAGUUUAUUUGGCCAUAUGCCUCCAGCUGGGUUGUCAGCAAGAGGCUCAUCCACCUUGAUGGACCCUGGACAACCAGAUACUCGUCUUCGCAACGAGCGCUUUUUACUUUAUUCAGAGAAUGGCUCAUCACAGUCAAACUCUUCCAAUGCAAGCAACUUCUCACCAAGGUAUCACCAUACAAGCAGAGCAAACAAUCAGUCAAUUGGCCAAACUUAUUCUUAUACAAGAACAUCAAGCAAUAUGUCAGAUAGUAGUAUAUCAGAUACACAUAGCGGUGGAACUGCUCGGACACUAUCACAACAGACGAGUCCGUCGCAUGGUACACUCUCAUCCCAGUCGAGGCACGAUAGCUCUAUUCUUUUUACCGCGCUAUAUGACUAUAUUGCCCAGGGUGAAGACGAGCUGUCACUGCAACGUGGAGAAUCUGUGGAGGUUUUGUCAAAAGAUUCAAAAAUUUCAGGGGAUGAAGGUUGGUGGACGGGUAAAAUUAGGGGUAAAGUAGGUAUUUUUCCAGCUAAUUUUGUUGCCGAAGCAGAAACAAUUGAUAGGGUAUCAUCGGUAAUUGAACAAGUACAGCCAGUUGAAAUCGAUUUUGAAGAAUUGAAAUUAGAAGAAGUUAUUGGCGUUGGUGGAUUUGGUAAAGUUUAUCGGGGCUUUUGGAAUAAAAAGGAAGUAGCAGUGAAGGCGGCUCGUCAAGAUCCUGAUGAGGAACCAAGUGUGACAUUGCAGAAUGUCCGCCAGGAAGCAAAACUUUUCUGGCUCUUAAAACAUGAGAACAUUGUGCAGUUGGAGGGUGUUUGUUUGAAAAUGCCGAACAUGUGCCUGGUAAUGGAAUACGCUCGGGGUGGAAGUUUGAAUAGGAUAUUAAGUGGUCGCAAAAUAAGGCCUGAUGUAUUGGUCGAUUGGGCUAUACAAAUUGCACGCGGUAUGGAUUACCUACACAAUAAAGCACCCAUCAGCCUUAUUCAUAGGGAUCUUAAGAGUUCCAAUGUGUUAUUAAGUGAACCAAUCGAAAACGAUGAUUUCCAAUACAAAACGUUAAAAAUUACGGAUUUUGGUUUGGCAAGAGAAGUGUACAAAACAACUCGUAUGUCAGCAGCUGGGACUUAUGCUUGGAUGGCACCGGAAGUCAUUAAAAAAAGCACAUUUAGUAAAGCCAGUGACGUUUGGAGUUAUGGAGUACUUUUAUGGGAACUGUUAACUGGUGAAACACCAUAUAAAGGAAUUGAUGCACUUGCUGUAGCAUAUGGAGUAGCUGUAAAUAAAUUAACAUUACCAAUUCCAUCUACUUGCCCUCAACCAUGGAGAUGUCUUAUGGAAGCAUGUUGGGCUUCUGACAGUCAUGGAAGGCCAGGCUUCGUAGAAAUUCUUAUUGCCUUAGAUGAAGUGAGGAGUGCAUUUGCGGCAACUCCUCAUGAGUCCUUUCAUACGAUGCAGGAGGACUGGAGACUUGAGAUUGAGCAAGUUCUCCAUGGAUUACGCAUGAAAGAAAAGGAAUUGCGUUGUAGAGAAGAAGAACUAACGAAGGCUCAAGUACAGCAGAGACAACACGAAGAAAAUCUAAGACAACGCGAACAGGAACUCGCAGCUCGAGAAAUUGAUCUCCUAGAACGAGAAUUAACUGUUAUGAUUAUUCAACAGCAAAACACACCUACACCUAAUAAAAGACGUGGGAAAUUCAAAAAAUCAAGGUUAAAAUUAAAUAAAAAAGAGCCCGGAAGUAAAAUUAGUGCACCUUCAGAUUUUAGGCAUACAAUAACAGUACAGCACACGGCUCCCGAUCGAGUAAAGAGUCGGAAUCCCUCACGGUCAAACAGCCCUCCUGGUUCGCCAAGCAUUCCACGCCUGCGAGCAAUUGCCUUACCAGCCGAUGGCGUUAAGGGUAAGACCUGGGGCCCCUCGACUCUCCAUCAACGCGAGCGCGGUGCCAUUAUCUCCUCAGCCUGCUCACCCAGCUCAUCCACGGGUUGCCCUGGAAUCGGCAUCGGUGGCGUAGAUAGCACCACAGCCACAGUUGUUGGCGGCAAGCGAUGGUCGCGCUCUGCACCAGAUCUUGAAAAAACGCCGCUGCGAACGGCACUUCUAGUGGCGGCGGCGGCUAACACGGCGGCUGGACAUCAUCAUCCACAUCAUCAUCGCACGCCACUUCUACAAGAAAUAGAUUAUACGUUGCUGGCGAGCGAUCAACUAAUGAGCACCGGCAGUGGUAACGUCAACAUUUCUGACUGGACGUCAACGACAACCUCAAGCAAUAACAGUGCAUCUCUCGUAUCUCAGGAUUAUCCUCUCAAGCCGGGCCUCACUGGGCCAUACAUAAUGCCUAUGCCGAUGCCGAUGCCGAUGCCAAUACCAACGUUGUACAACGGCGACGCGAAGAAACCCAAGCUCGGCAUUAUUGAACUAGUCAUUUGCAAUAUAGGUGCAAUGUUGGCCAGCUUAACCAUGGAUUACGACGUCAGAUUAUCGAACCUAUCGCCCAUACACCCCCGACUGCAACCUCCUCGAAUCACCUCCCAAUUCCACGAGGAUGAAUCCACCAAGUGGUGGGCAACGCAAGGCUCUGGCGGUGGUAGCGAUCCUGGCUCUAAUAGGAAUUCUGGAUAUUUGGGUCCAGAAUACGAGUUCAGUUCGGGCAGCGGUUAUACGCACAACACGUACCAUGGCCCAACGAGGCAUUACAGACCAUUUCUAAGCAGCAUGGGUGUCAUACCAUCGAUAUUGCCGGUAUCGGGUCUGGUGAACGAUAAACCACUUCGCUUCACGGAUUCGCCGCAGCAUUACAUCACAUCGGGUAACAGCGGCGCUGGCACCGGGUCCAACAUCCCGACGCCUAGUCCACGGCGCAAAAACUCCGUGACAAGCAGCGAGGACACCUAUUCGCUCGAGAUACCGAGGAUAGAGAGACUGCCACCGGCGUAUAUGGGCAAUCAGACGUCCUUCCCAGAUUAUGGGCCACCUGUUUAUACGGUUGUCGCUGCGGGAGAUUAUUAUAGGCCGGCCGAAUCGACGUAUUUAGGAUCAUCAGACUACCAUGACAGAAUGUUGGAGUGCACGGAAUUCCCACACGCCUAUGAUAAUCCAAGCAGUUUGAACAGCCCAGCGCGAACCAGUAAUCGAUUACCAUCCUACACCCAUCAUCGAACAUCAUCAAAUGUUUCAAACACGAGCUCAUCGUCGCAAAGUAAUAUCAAUCCCACAUUCCGAUUGGACGACGAAGCGGACUACUCGUCGCCCUACUCACCAGGACACUCAUUUGGCUAUUAUCGCGGUAACAUGAACAAUUUGGUAAUGUCAAACAUGGCUGGUAGUUACGGCAGCACAAGUUUGACAAAUCAUGAAUAUGGCAUACAAUAUCUGGCUCGUCAAAAUUUUCAGGAUUCCAAUCCAAAUUCAAGUGAUCGGCCCAGCAAUCUUGAAGUCGCUUCACGACUACGAUCGAGUCUUAAGAGGACAAAUUAUACCUACAGUUCACCAAACAAAAGUGCUAGUAAAAAUAAUUCAGGAUCCGGAACUCCAACGAAUCCAACACCACCUGACUCACUCACUUCAGAAGAUUCCAGCUACGUAUCGGCAAAGGACAGCCAGAUCUCCAUUAGCAGGGUACGUUUCUCUCCAGUUACAUUCGAUCGGGAGUUACUGGCACAUCCGCAGACAACGGAAAUUACAAGUCCAGCGCAAACGAAUCGACGAACUAGUCGUAAUCGCAAACCCAGCAUUUCGGAACUUGAAAGAGAAUUUUUGUCAUAACAUUGGCUUAUAUAGGCCGACGAUACCAAAAUGUCUCGACGUGAGAUAUUAUUCAUUUAACCGGAUGUAAAAGUUUCAUAAUAAUUAGAGAUGCUUGAACGAUUUUAUAA